AUGGCUUCGGAGAUCGUUUCCGCACUGACGUUCAUCAUUCAGUUUGGGGUUGAAGUCAAGGACCGACUUGACUCGCUCAACCAAGCUGCCGACGAACUUAAACUGCUCAACGUCACCCUUGUGUCGUUAUUGAAAGCAUUUGAGAAUCCCACAAACAAGAUCAACACCGAAGGCAUCGAGUUUCUGGUUAUGCUGGAAAUUUUGGACAGCAUCAAAGAUUCUUGCAAGAAAUGCGCCAAUGCCCUGGAUAAAAACCGUGCUGGAGCGACGGACGCGACUAAAAUAGAGUUGUAUGGCAAGAAAUUUUUCAAGCGACUAUGGACUCUCUACAGGAUCCCUGAUAUUCUCACAGAAAUCCAGCACAAGGCCGCACAACUACAACAAAUAUCCAUGGCAGUAGUCGUGGCAUCUACUUUAGUUGUCAGCGACGUUGGGACGCAACAGGGACAGAUUAGUGGGAAGGAAAUUGUGGAAUCCGCCCAUGUUGUUAAAGAGACAACUUUACAUUACCUCAGCACGGAUCUUGCUAGCAUAGACCAGAUGAUGGGAAAUCUUAUGAAGGAAUGCACAAACCUUCGGCAACAACUUCAGGAAGCUACUCUACUUCCUGACACUUCUGCUAUUCAAAUUUAUCAAGCGCAGAACCCAGAAGCAGCAUCGUUUUGGAAGGAUCGGUUCCAGAGCGACGAACUCAAUGUCUCAGCAUUCCGAUACGAGGCAAGCUACGGUAUGCUUGUUGAAUGUGAAAGGGCUUCCGGGGAUCUUGCCUUACCGGCGGCCAUCGAAUCACCAUCCGAUCACGUCGGCUGGAUCUCUGCACAAAUCGUGGCCGUUCCGGCACCCGAUAAACUCGGAAUUAUUACCGAACAAGAGGUUAUGAAAUCAAACGGCGAGGACCUCUUUGCUUACUUCAAUAAUGCUGCCCCAGACGUCCACGUUUACGUACGUUACCUGCAGACGGGUCAAAUCGAGCGGAAGAGUCUUUCAAAGCAAGUCCGUCCGAUCGGUGGCAUUAACAUCGGCGCUACGCUGUCUGUCCGGUAUGCACUGGAAUCAGGGGGUCAUGCUUGGAGCUGCGACCUUCCAAUCACCGAGUUCAAGGCAUGUCAGGGAGGACAGUACAUAAUUACGGCGGGUGUGGGUUCGAAUGCCAUCGUGUUUUCCACAAGGCCGCUCAAGAAUUCCUUUGACACUAUGUUGCGUCAUGAAGACAACUCCUCGAGUUCUGUCACACCAGAGUUGGACUGUACGCUUUUGGGACCAUCGAAGGUAUUCACCAACCCACCAAAAGCUGGCGAAAAGGUUCAGAUCGAGCACAAUGGGCGUUGGUACGACUCGAGAGUCACAGUUGUGGACGGCGAUGAGAUAGAGUAUAUCGAUUGGGACUGUUUACCAGAGCAAGUCUCUACCAAUUCCACGGAAGCUCAGGAUGGUAGUGGAGGGGAUAAGAAUAAUAGCGAAAGCUUUGGCUUUACCGAAGAGCAGCUCACACAACUCGGGAAGGGCACACGGCGGCUGUGGCGACCAUGGAGGAGAAACCUCAGGGCGUAUGAUGUUCGACCUUAUCGUUGCUUCCAUAUCGGCGACUCUGUCGAGGCACCCGUCAUGUACCCGGAUUUCCGAUUCCAUUACCAUGUUACCGACGACUCACAACUCUACUUCCCUGCUCGAAUCGUUGACGUCCAGGGGGACCAAUAUGUCGUCGAAUUCAGCCCCGCGCUUUCGGCUCAUGAGUGGUGGCCGGGGAGGAUUCCCAAGGGCGAACAGGUAGAGACUGUGCCAGGAUCUGGUGUCAAAGUGGAAAACCCGUUCGAUUUUAAUCGCGUGACGUUAGGCAUGGAUCAGGUACGUCCUCUCUCCGUGGGGCCACGACCGGCUCUGGGUGUUCAGUCAGUGAAGCCGUCUUGGUGGAGUUCAUUUCAGGGUGUUCAAAUCUGCAGUCUUGAGGAUCUUUUGGAGCGGAGUCUGUGGAAUAAUAACGGCGAUAGUCAGCAAACGGGUGGCAUAUUAUAA